GGCUGGACCUCAGCCUUUCCCCGCCUGGGGCCGCCGCGGCACCAUUGGUAGCUCCGCGUCCCCAAAAGGGACCCUCUGACUCUUCGCUGGGCCAGUUCAGUGCCGGGUCGUGGAGCUUCGCACAACUCCCGCUGGUCGCUGACCGGGAUCCCUCCACCCCAGAGUUGCGAGCAACUUUACCGUCUCCCUGGCGCUGCGGUGGCUCGCGGACCUUGGCCGCCGCAGGUAGCUGAACCCGGACCACGCUCCCCGCGCCUCGGCUGCGCGCGCGCGCAGGUCGCUCUCUCUUUCUCUCUCUCUUUCUGGGUGCACCCUGGGGGUCCCCGAGAUCGACUCUGUGGGCGAGAUGCCCCUGGGACACAUCAUGAGGCUGGAUCUGGAGAAAAUUGCCUUGGAGUACAUCGUGCCCUGUCUGCACGAGGUCGGCUUCUGUUACCUGGACAACUUCUUGGGCGAGGUGGUGGGCGACUGCGUCCUGGAGCGCGUCAAGCAGCUGCACAGCAACGGAGUGCUGCGGGACGGCCAGCUGGCGGGGCCACGCGCCGGCGUCUCCAAGCGGCACCUGCGGGGCGACCAGAUCACGUGGAUAGGGGGCAACGAGGAGGGUUGCGAGGCCAUCAGCUUCCUCCUGUCUCUCAUCGACAGGCUGGUCCUGUACUGCGGGAGCCGCCUGGGCAAAUACUACGUCAAGGAGAGGUCCAAGGUAGGACGCGUGCGGGCGCCCCGCCGCUACUGCAGACCGCGAGCUAUGAAAGCACUCAAAGAAUCUGGAGACAGUUGUGAUUUUGCAGUGUGUCAUUUGGUUUGUGGAGCUUGGCAGGUGUGGGAAGAGUUUGCCCUGUGGAAGGGUCAGGAAAUAAUCUACCUUCUUUGUGGCCCUCAGCUACACGGUGGAGUCCUGCGGAUAUUUCCAGAAGGGAAAUCAUUCGUAGCAGACGUGGAGCCCAUUUUUGACAGACUCUUGUUCUUCUGGUCAGACCGCAGGAACCCACAUGAAGUCCAGCCUUCCUAUGCCACCAGAUACGCUAUGACUGUUUGGUACUUUGAUGCUGAUGAAAGGGCAGAAGCCAAAAAGAAAUUCAGAAAUUUAACUAGGAAAACAGAAUCUGCCCUCACUGAAGACUGACUGUGCUCUGAAAUCCGCUGGCCUCAUUCAUUUUAGCAACGGUUCCUGAAUUCUAAGAGUUAAGACCCAAAGAAAAAGAAGGCCUCUUUAGUGACUCUGUGACGAGAAAUCCCCCUCCUGCUUACAUCAUUCACGUCCCUGUCUUGCGAGUGGUACUUUGUGUUUUCUUGCCAAGAUGGCAUUCACCUUUGGACACUGUCUUUGCCAGAUGAACUCAUUUGCUAAUUCCGAAAAUACCUGCAGAUGACCUCGCUGGCCAGCGGUUUAACUGAUAGAUUUGGUAAUACUGUCUAUCAAAACAAGAGUCUGGAAACAUGGGCGAGGGAAUGAAUCUUACUUGCACUUUAUGUACACUUCCUGAUUUGAAAGGAGGGGGUUUGCAAAGACAAAAAAAAAAGUCAGAGAGAGGCAUCGUGGAAGCCUUAACAGCAAGAAACAGAAAUUUGUGUCAUUUGAACAAUUUCCAGAUGUUCUUAAUCCAGGGCUUGUUGGGGUUUCUGGAGAAUUAUCACAAACUUAAUGACAUGAUUACUUCUAGAAAGGGCUGCUGUCAUAAUCAUCAAUUUAUAAGUGUCCUGUGAGUAGACACUCCUUUUUCCUGGUCCUGCAACUUGGACCUUCUGCCUCUGCCCCAUUUUGCUGAAAAUGUGACCUUUUGAUCAAAGAUGGCAACACCAUUUAUUUUCUAUUGUCACUUCUUACUUGGAGAACCUAAUUCCUCCGAGGCAAAAACUAAACACUAAUUUUUUCAGUUGCUUUGUUGAAAUGGAAUUUGAAUUUAAAUCAAAGGGGAAAAAAAAAUCUACCUGGUAGUUUAGAGUCAGCAACCUCUGAUAAUGGUGUCGAAAGACCUGGGUCUUCCGAUAUACGUACAACAAAUAUGUGCAUCUUGAACAAUCUGAGAGUGGAGGAGGAGUUGGAAAUGUGGGCAUUCUCAUUUUUCAGUUUUCCUUUUUAAUGAGCUCACCCUCCUUCUUUAGUAAAUAAUACUGGUAUUUAGAAAAUAACAAAAAAAAAAUAGGGUGCUGUAUUUUAAAAAGGAAAUAGAAAUAAAACAAAUCUUGAAAAGCUGUUUGAGUUCUUUCCCAUUUUCUCCCUUUAGUUGUGUUUUUCAACAGACUUGA